CGUUCGUGCCGUAGAAAUCCCGGAAGCGCAGUGUUUACCGCGGGAUACUUACAGCUCAUUUUAUUUUUAAAAAUAUAAAUGUACAUUCUAUGGAUGACAUGGACGCAAUGCAGCUGUUCCGGGCACAAUGCAAUCCGCAGAGUGAAGCCGAGGCCAAAUGGUUAGAAGGACUAUUUCACUUCGUCAGAGAGUAUGUGUGGCCUCUAAAUUCUGGCCCCGCCCCCUGUUCUCAGACAGCUGAUGAGGGUGUUUCUCACCUGAGUGCAACUGUGCUGAAGAGGAUACGAGGGAAGAUGUCCAGCACACACACGCUGCCCAUCAGCUACAGGCUGGUGUGCGUCUCCGAGCUUCUCUCUCACCAGCGGCUGGCGUGCGUCAGUAACCUGUCUUGGAGCACCAGUCAGGAGCGUGCGUUAGCCGAGGAAGCGGCGGUGGCGCUCCCGGGUCGGCGAGCUCUUCCCCGGGCACACCUCCUGCUGAUCGGGCGCCUGACGCACGGCCGUGACGGAGAGUGGGCGUUGACAGACGCCGGCGGCAACGUUGGGUGCAUGGUUGUCUCUCCCUCACCUUUGUGGAUGGGUCGUCUGGUCUUCCUCCCCCACUGGCACUACAUCCCCCACGAUGCCCCCUUGCAAGCGCAGCCGGAAGCCCGAGGCUACGUGGAGCUGAUUGGCUCUCCUGUGCUCCUGUGUCCCGGUCCUGGGCAGGGAUUGGCCGCCGGUGCUGUCGCUGUCAAAGAAGCUGCGGCCUUAAUGCACGACCGGGUGCAAGGAUUGCGUCUGUCCAUCUUCGGUAAAGUGGCUUCCGUCUGCCCCCUGCUGGUCAUCUCAGGAACAUCUUUCUUCUUCUUCAUGCUGUCAGAUGAAACACACACACUACCUGUCCUGGUCAAGAAUAGCAGCAGGCUGUGGUGGGCACAGUGCGUGUCGGUCGGCGAGUGUGUAUGCGUGACAGCGUUGCGUGUCUGUGUCUUACGACCGUGGGGAGGGAAGAACAUCCUGUGUGCGACCGAGCACUCCGAAAUGCACAAGACGCACGAGCAGCGGUGCGCCCCAGGCGAGGAUGCGCCGUCAACCAUGCCCCUCUUGCCGCCGUCUCCCUCAUCACAAAUGUCGCAGCCCGAGGAAUGCGAGGUCCAAUCUAAUGACAGGACCAAACAGUCCAAAAUCAUCAGUUACCAGGGGACCGUCACAGAGGUGGUGAGCACGGGGGCGGGGCUUUACGUGAUGGACAGUAAGCUGGGACUGUGCCUGGCCUAUCAGCCCAAGCUGAAGAGGAAGCUGCGAGCCGGCGACGUGCUGGCGAUCCAUCACGUUCACUUCCUGUACCGGCCCUGUCCCGACUUCCCUCCCUGUAUACUUUGCACUUGCCUGCGCUCCACUGUGACGGUGACAAAGUUUAGCGCCGUCCUAGGCUCGGAUCCUGACAGAAAGUGUCCAGACGAUGGCGUGUUGCGGCGGUUGCUGGUGGAGAGGAACCUGGAUGUGUCCCGGUACAUGUGGACGUGUCACCUGUGCUCCCAGUUUCGACGGAGCCUGCUCCCGAAUGCGUCACAACAGUGCACGUGCGUGUUGUCAUGGAAAGUGAUGGAGGUCGCGUUUAGACAAGGGCAACGACACAGACGAGACAUCUACGCCGAGAUGUUGGACGAGCCUCACACGUGUCCGCUGACACAGUAUGACGGUGACUUGGUGCAGCAUCAGUAUGUCAGCCUGUCAGAGCUCCAAGCGUCGCUCCAGGAGGACUGUUGGGCUUCCUUGUGUCUCAGCUCUCUGCUGCCACCUGCUGGAGUCGGUCUGACCCGACCUCAGAUGGACGCCGCACUGGCCUGGUCAUGUAGAACUUUGACAUCGGACUCAAGGCGCAAACUGCAGCCCGAAGAGACGCUCAGACAGCGCCCCCUGCUGCUCGUGGGUGUACUGGAGCUGCCAUCAGGUGCGUCCCAACAUACGCUGCAGCUGAGAGACCGCACGGGGGCCAUCGCCUGUGUCAUCACGCAAACUACAGAGAAAGCGGCGGGAGGCCACGGCACGUCAUUCAACACGGCGUGGAUAGGUUGUCUCAUAUGUGUCCAGCAGUUCACCAUGGUAACAGAGCGAUUCAUUCAAUCAAACUUCCCCACCUACCAACACCUGGAUCAACACAAGUACAUCACAUCCAAACAGUGCAGCAUUUACCUCCAGUUCUCUGAGGACAGCAUCCACAUUUUGAGUCCAUCUGCCGCCAUGGAAAUGCAUUUGCGUAAUAAAGGGGAGGACUCAGGGGAAGAAGAGAAGGAAGAUGUGACGAGGAAGCAAAGUCAAAAGGACAAGGAUGGGGACAUAAAGUCCUCGCGCCCUUCGUCUUCAUCAUGCGUCUCGGUGGUCCUCCAGGUGGAGCAGAAGAAUGGCGUGAUAUGGCGGGAGAAUAAGGAGGCGUCUUUCUCCGUCACAGCGACUGUGAUUGGGCCCGUGGCGGCCUGGGGGCGGGACCCCAAAAACCGACCAAUGAAAGCCUUUGAGACAGGAAAUGAGAAAAAGGUGACCGUGUUGUGUUCAGGCGCGUCUGCUCGCUGGUUUCCUCUCCUGCAGCCGGGACGCUUCUACAGACUGGUCGCGACCGGCACCCACGACGUCACCGUUCUGGCGGGCAAUGCCACACUGCUGCUCCAAUCCGGGUGGAAGUUUCACACGUUGACACGGCCCCUCCUUGUACCCACCUGCCAAAGGAGCGUCUGUCCUGCGACAUCUACCGUGUCGCAAGUGUUGGAUGGCUGUGCAGAUGUAGUGUCUUUUCAGGGUUUUGUCUCCGACAGGAUCAAUCUGAAUGACAGUACAAGGGAUACUGGACAAUCUAAUGUUGGUGCACGUCUCACCGUGUGUGACCAAAGUGGAAGGAGCAUCCAUGUCUUCCUGAACUUGAACCAUAACGCGUACCCGCCCGGGAUGUUGCCAGGCAACACGCUGUUGCUGUCUGCGUUCCGCAGGAGGAUAUCUAGGUCAGGGCAUGUAUAUUGCAGUAACAUACCAGUCAGCUGGGUGGCAGUGCUGCGGGUUCGAGACGAGAGCAGGUGGGAGGACCGACCACCGCCUCCCAUCAUGCACCUGGCCCUGUGGACGCAGCAGAGCCGCACUGUGGGCCGGGUCAAAGGCCAUGUGGUGUGUUUCCUCUUUAUGCAGCUGCAGUGGAACUGCUUCGAGUGUGGCAGUGUGUACAAGCAGUCUGGUUGCAGUGGUCAGUGUCCCUCAACAUCAGCUGUCUUUGACUGCACCGCCAAGUUGGUCAUGGAGGACGGCACAGGCGAAGCUCACGUGCACUUCACAGGGGCGCUCGUUCGCCAGGUGCUCGGGCUCAACCAUCUCCAGUGGGAGGGACUUCAAAAAGCGGUGAAGGCCAGAGGACACAUCCAAGUGUACCCCCGUGGGAGGAGUGAGGCGUGUGAUGACGGGCUGCUUGACUUCCUGUUGUUGUGUGCUGCUGCCGUCAAAUCGUUGUUUCUGACCUGCAGGAUAGAAAACCAGGCCAAAGAAGUGGUUUGUUUCAGAGGUCAAAAGUUUGAGAAGUACCAAAAGCAACUUCCUGACAAAGAUGGCACCGCCCCUCAAGCUCACCUGUCUGCAAAUACACUGAAUGAACAACACUAACAUGUAUGGUCGAUCACCAUGGCAACAAUGGACAUAACGGAAACUCAUGUUUGCAAAUGUAAAAUAAAGUGAAGUAAAACAC